GCCUCCAAAUCAUUCUUGAGAUAUCAUGGAGGAAGAACAGGACUUUACUAUGAGCGGUCCAAAUACUGCCAGUAUUGAUGCUGAUCUGAGGGAUGACAACUUCGAUAAGCUUGCUGCAGACUACUUUGGAUCUCAGACUGGGGAAACAUUGAAUCUAAAUGAAAAACCAUGUAAAAACAGACUUCUGAUCCAAGUGGGACUUCUGAGAGAAGACAACCAACUCUCCUGGGGGGCAGUGGUAGACUGGCUUCAAAAGAUUUUCCCAAUGUAUCAGUCUGCAGAUUUCCGUUGUCUGAUUGAAAGAGGCAUUGCAACAACUUUAAGUUUGAGUGGAGAUGCAAGACAAGCCUUCCUUGAGUCAAAUGUUAACUUUGAAUUUGUUGGCCCAAUAUGUGACAGCAUUGGAGUUGGUAGAGCUGAUCUUUUGGAAAUUACAGAUUUUUCUGAGCAAGCAGAGUCUAUUGAGGUCACAAAUGGUUUGAUACUUGAGUUGAGUAACUUUGUCAUCAGGGAGAAAAUUGACCCCAUUGUCUUGGUGUCUUGGUUACGUCAAUUUGACCCAGAGUUCUGUAGUGAUGGUAACAUCCAGAAAGCUAGCAAAAUCCUUCAGGCAAAGCUAAAAAAAUUCAGACUACAUUACCGCAAUUACCAAACAACCAGACAUAGAAGAAAUGCUCAGAUGGAAACCUUCCUUCAAAGUCCAUUUGAACUUGUUAAAGACCCAACUGACGGAAAGAAAUCAGGCAAAAGAGGAAGAAAGAAAAGAGGCUUUUUGUCAAAACUUGAUACGCCAGUGGUGAAAGUCUUCAAAGAAGAAAAUGAGACUUUUGCCAUAACACCAAACGAAGAGAGUGUAUGGGAACCUUACUCGCAGGUGAAAGUGAAAGAAGAAUACGAGUCUCCAAAUGAAGAAAGUCCUCAUGCAAUGAACCAAAACUCGCUCAAUUCGAUAGAGAAUCCUGAUGCAAGCAAGGGAGAAGCCCUCACACUGCUUGACAUCGCUAUGCUCUCUGUCCAAAAACUGUCAAGUGUGUAUGGUGGAAAAACUGAUGCUUCCAAACAAGUUUCCCUUGAUCUUCUCAAAAACCAGUACACACUAACAUGUAAAGAAAAUGUUGCAAUGAAAUUCUUUGAAGAGAAAGUUGCGUCUCUUAAAGAUCAACAUUCCAUGGCAUCACCCUUGCGUUUUCUACACUACAAUGCCCAUUUUCUUGUUGACAUUCAUGACGCAAUUGAACAGCAGAUGAUGAGCUUCGAAAAUGAGAUCAUGCAGUCAACUGGAGAAAAACUAGGCCGUGACAGGAACCCGAAAUUCCGAAGAUUUGUGAACUUUUCUGAAAGUUCUACGUCACGCUACAUCCACAUGGCCUGUGAUGUCUUGAGUCCUCGUGCUGCAUCAAAGCAAAACUACAGAAAACACUGGAUAGCUUUCUGUGAAGAGAAGAACAAUCCCUCCAAACUAACAGUCAACCGCUCAAACCGAUUUAAUAACUACUUUGAGGCAGCAGCGGGUCUCAUUCACCAUCAUGGUGAGAUUGCCCUUUUCUUUUCCGACCUGCUCUUACUGAACAACGAUGAAUGCCCCAAUGUCAUUCUGGAGAGUGUUACUGAUGAUGCCAAUGAUGACGUCAUACAGUCGCUUGUAUGCGUUCUCGCCAUUGUUUACUGCAAAAUCCUGGGGCCUUACUGGCAACUUCUGAAGAGCGGAGGAGAGUACUCACUUUUUAGCCAGUAUAUACUCUGCCUCUACCAAAAACUGCUUGAGUGGGCUAAGGAUUCCUCAGCCCUCCUUGAGCCAGAUACCAUUGCAAAUGUGUUUCUCCAGUUGCCUCUGCAAGAGAAGACCUUUGAUGGGGUUUUUUCAUACUUCACAACUGGCACGGGAAACAUCCAUGUAGACCUAAUAAGGGUCUGUCUGCAGAAGAUGGUGAAAGUAAUCGCGGCUGUCACUGAGGUCAAUCUGAGUGAUUUUUUGCCUGGAGGCGCACAUUGUCACAACCCCCCUCUGGAAAUUUCCACACAGCUGACAACCUGCACAUUUUGCGUCUUGAUGGCCGAAUACCCCUUUGGUCAUGCCUACCCAUACAAAAGGAAGAGGCCAGAUCGACUUACGAACCUUUCAUCAAGUACAUACGAAGAACCAGAGGGCCACUCUAUUCCAUCUGAAAGUGAUUCUCCUGCUGGUGCAACAAAUGCAGAGAGGGCAACAACCGACACUGUUCCAAGAGAAGAGUACUCUCCUCCUUCCAAGAAAAAGUCUCUUGACCAAAGCAAGACCCAGAAGAGGCCAGUAGGACGUCCGAGAAAAUAUCCUGGUUCAUUGACAAGGGACCAGCAAGACGAAACAAACAGAAACACGGUCAUUGCUGCUGUUGCAAAAAACGGAGGACCUUGCACCUGUGAGCAAGAUGUAGACAGACUAUUGGCCCGAUUAGAUGGGACAAGCCAUGCUCAAAAGCGCGAAGCAAUCCGCUGUGAGAUCACUUACCAAAAACUGGUCCUGGACUCCAGAGACGCAAGCCUGACUCAUAUUGGUUUUUCACUCGCAGACAUGAUCUCUAAGCUGAAAAGUGUGUUGCCUGGCGACAUGUGUAGUUUGGAUGAUGUCUCAGCCUCUGUACAAGAGAAUGAGCAUGCCAAUGAGGACAAUGAACAACAGAGCGAGCAUGACACUGUCACUAUAACCCCUGCUGAUGCUCAAUCUGGACAGAAUGUUGACUAUGAAAGCAACAAAGGGGUUUGGGGAAAGGGUCAAAGAAGUAUUGACUUGGGUGGAAACAAAAACAUUGUUUCCUACCAGAGCUACAGAGGUAACUUUGAUGAAUUUCCAUAGAUAUUGUAGGAAGUUAGCAACAAAACUGACACAUGCGCAACUAUGGGGAAAAGCAGAUGGUUUUCUUAGACUGUUGAUAACAUGUAAACUAUAUUUUGUCUCUUAUGUUUAUUGAAAACGAAGUCUCUCAGUGGGCACUUGUCUCUCAAAUACAUGUGUUAGUUUUUGGUUCGCCUGCUUAGGUAGAAUAUUUGAGCCAUAUUAGCAUAUAUUAGACAUCAGUCAAAACACCUCAAAACAAGGCAUGGUAUGGUAUCAAGAAUGAGAUCAAAUGAGCUUACAAUUCACCACAUGACAGUUUCUUGUCAUUGUUGCUAGCUAUCUGGCCAUCCAGAACCAUAGCACACAGCCUAGCUUCGCCGAAUCUCGUUCGUUGAGGCCAGCUUGAUAUGUCCCCAAUAUUGGAGCAGAAGCAAGUAAAGCAACUUCCCUGAGUUUGACAGAGCUUAUUGAUAGCUGAUGACCCUCAUUGCUCUUUGUAAAUGGUACAUGCCCAAUACGUCACCCACACCAAUUGUAUUGGUUGGUCCUAUAUGCCCUUUGCCAUUUUAGGCAGGGAUGUUUUUUUUGUGGGAAAUGUGUGUUCAAGACAUGUUUUUACCAUCAUAAAAUUGUAUGUUUGAUGUUUAAUCUGAACAGACAUUAUAUCACGUGUGUUGCAACUCCUGUAAGUGACAUGUUUUCUAUUUCCCCCCCCUCAAUUUAUUUUUAUAAAUCAUCAAUAUUUCUGUUUGGAUUCUAAUCAAAUGUGAUGUGAAAGUUUUUGUAUGAUUUCACCUAGAUGUAUAUUUUGUACCUGGAAAGAGAGGAUGGAAUGCAAUAUAAUAAAGUUCUGUAUACUUUC